AUGGAGUUGGAGAAGCAAGGAGUAGCGCUCAAGGCCGCGUCCGCAAUGCUGAAGGGGGGCAAAACAGCUGACAAGAGUCUAUUUCGGCGCGGUAGUAAGCGACUGUCCAACGAGGGGGUGGAUGGCGCGCUGAACGCCAAACACCUUGACGAGAUAAAAAAAGCCGAGCACCUCAAGAAAAAGCUCAAGGCGCAUCAUGACGAAGCGCGCGCCGUUCUGGCCAAGAAGCUUCAAGUGGAGAAUGCCAGGACGGGACGCGUGAUAAAGACAAACCUAGGCAAGUACGCGAACCCCAAGCUAGCCCAGGGUGCGAAGGCUGCGGUCCUUGCGAGCGUGGUCGAAUAUCUCAACGGAGAAGAGUUCGUCCGGAUAGUGGCGGCGCCUCUGAACUACCAAAGCCCCGACUUUGUUCGCGCGAUGGAAGCCGAGUCAGGAGUGAUGGAGAUCAGCUUCAGCCCCACAAAUGCGCGGCAGAGAAGUAUGGCUUCUUUGCCGGUGGGCGCGCCUGACUACGACAGCAAGAUGGCGCUGCUGCAAGAGCAGAAGGCAAUAGAGCAACAACAGAGGAUGGAGGAAGAAGCCCUCCGGCGACAAGAGAUGCUGGAGCGCGAGAAUAAAGCAGCCAUGGAGCAGGAUGCCGCCGACGCUCUUGCAAUGGCCAACGCGGCGAAUCAGAGGCGCUUGGAAGAGAUGCAGAGGCAACAGGACGAAGAGCUCGAGGAGCAGAGGCGCCAGCUGGAUGAGCACCAGGAACACCUGCGUAGAGAGGCAGAACUCGCAAGGAUGCGGCACAAGGAAGAGCUCGACCUUCAUCGCGCUGAGAUGGAGAGAGAGAGGGAAGCCGUCGAGGCCCGCCAGGCCGAGGCAAAGCGCCUGCAGGAGGAGGAGCUAGAAAAGCAGCGGCAGGAGAUGCGACGCAAGCACGAGGAGGACAUGGAGCUACAGCGGCAGGAGCUUGCGAGGCACGCAGAGGAGGUGGCCAGGCACAAGGCCGAGCUUGCGAAACACAACGAGGGCGUGGGUUUGGAGAAUGGCGUUCUUACCAGCCAGAGUGAUUCACCAGGAGUGGUGCACCAUCAACAGGAGGCCAGGUUGGAGAAAGAAGCCUUGGAGGAGAUGAGGCGACGCGAGAACGAAGCGGAGGAGGAUGAGAGGCGGCGCCUGCAAGAAGCAGUUGCCAAACACCAGGAGGAGACGAGGCUGGAGGCAGAGCGCGUCAAGGCGGAGCUGGAGGCCCUCAAGCUGGAGCGAGAGGCCGUCGCGCAAGCGGAGAAGGCCGAGCGCGAGGCAGAGGAGGAGGCUCGUCGAGCUAGAGAGGCUGAAGCUGCUGCAGAGGCUCUGAGGAUCGAACAGGAAAAUGAUCGGAGGAAAGCGUCCGAGGUGGCCAUGAGGGCUCAGAUAGAGAAAGAGCUCGAAGAGCGCGUGGCCCGCGACAUCCAGAUCGAGAGGGACCGGGUGGCCGCGGAGAGCGCGGCUCUCCAGGCCAAGAUGAAAGAGUUCGAGGAGGAGCGGGAGAAAGCUGCGCUGCGAGCGGCCGCGGAAGUCGAGGCGCAGAAGGCGGCGGAAGCCGCGCUCGUCGCCAGGGAGCGCGCCGCCGCGGAGUCGCUGGCCCUUGGGAGAGCCUUGUCGGCGAAGGCGGACCUGGACGCAACAACCGCAUCGAAGGAAGGACUCUCUUCUGAUCGCCGAGACCCCAGCGGACGGGAGGCCGGGACCGCCCCGGUGCCGAUAGGGUAUCUGGUCGGGGACAACGUGCAAGCUCUGUGCACCCCGGUGGGCGGAGCGACCGGCUCCAAGGAGUACAUCUCCGGGGAGGUGGCGCACGUCAACCCCGACGGAUCCUUGGACGUUAUCCUGGCGGACGGGAGAAUGAGGCAGGAGGUGCCAAUUGCGGAGAUCAAGUUCGUCAGUAGGUCCGAGCCGCCGUCACCAGCGGGGUCGUCGGCCGGGGAGCAGUCUUUUUGGGAUGGCAACGAGCAGGGAAGCGAAUCGUCUGCAGGACAGAACAGCGUAAGAAGGGGAGGAGGAGACGGCGCAGCAGCGGCGGCAGCGGCGGCGGCGGCCGUGAGGAGGAGGAAGAGGAAGAGGAGGAGCGGCAUCCUCGUCGUCAUCAUCAUCAUCAACAGGAGCAGGAGCAGGAGCAGGAUCAUCAUCAUCAACGACGACGACGACGUCGUCGUCGUCGUAGUAGUAGUUGCUGGUGGUGGUGGUGGUGGUGGUGGAGGAGGAGGAGGAGGAAAGGCGUCGACGAUGUUUGCGCCAGGUGUAGUACGCCGAGUCCACGAGGACGGCAGCGCUGACGUCGAGCUAGAGACGGGCAGCGUGUUGCUUCAGAGGUCGGCGAGAGAGGUGCGGGUGGUGUGGAAGGGGAAGCCCUCCGUGACGUCUUCAUCGUUGUCGUUGCCUUCGUCUUUGUCUUCGUCUUCGCCGUCACCCAUGUCGUCGUCGUCACCGGGGUCGUCGUCGUCUCCACUCGCUCUCGGGGAUCUCGCCGUCGGGGAUCGGGUAGAGGCCAGGUACGCCGGAGAGCCCGAGUUUUACCCUGGAGUGGUAACGUCGACGGAGGACGGGGUGUCCGUCAACUUCGACAAGGGCUGGCACGGCGCCAGCAUACCCCUCAAGGACGUUCGCCGCCCUAAUGUUAAGCCCGGGCGCAGCCGCGACGGCAAGCCCUCGACCCUGUCCGCCGGGGCACGGCUGAGCUCCACCGGGUGCAUACUCGACCUUGACGUCGGGAGCCUCGGAGGCGACACGUUCGCCGUCGGGGAUCAGGUACAAUUUCGAUUAACGCUGGGUCUUCGAGCAGGUCCCCCGCAGACCCAUAACGGAGUUAUCCGUACGGCGCACCCGAACGGUUCGUACCUGGUUGGUUUCGAAGACGGGACGACGAGGGAUCAAGUGCAGGUCAGAUCUCUGACCGGCUUCGAUUGGACCCCCCACGGAUCCGAGGCCUACCGGCGCGCGGCGACCGACACUUCACAAGCAACCACCGCAGUAGCAGCAGCAGCCUGCCCAGGACAAGGGCGAGGUGGGGGGGGCGGAAGCCACGGGGCCACAACCGGUGCCGGCGCCGUCAGCCCGUUGGACAGCGGCAAGCCGUCGAAGGGUCCGCCACGCGGGUCUAUGUUCGAUAGAUUCGGGUUCCCUCGCAAGGUCUUUCCGGACGGGGGCGGCCUCGGGGGGACAACAGGGGGAGGGGGAGGGGGUUCUGUGCUCCAGAGGAGGGCGACGCACGGCGGCGUAGUUGACUCCGGCGAGCCGGGGCUGAGGGUGGACGUGAACAUGUUGCACUUCAGGUCUCAGUUCAUGGACCCGGACACGGCCGCUCAGGCCAUCCUCACCCCGAACAACGCGGGGAUGUUCAGGCCGCACGUCAUUGGCCGAGGCGGUGGUGGCGGUAGGGGGGGGCAUCGGCAAACGGCGUCGGAGUUGAGCUACAACUCGACGACGGACGAAUCCGACGCCGACAGGGACGAGGACGGCGAUAGCAACAACAGGGCGGCGGGCCAUCGCCCCGGGGACCACACGAGGACGAAAAAGAUCGAAGGGCCUCGUUCGUCGUCCAAGAAGAACAACAACGCGGCGAGAGUUGUUCCGGUCGUUUCGACGGGAAGUGCUCCUAAGCGGCGGAUGACGUUUGGCGGAUUACGAUCCGACAAGACGGGAGAGGUCUACAAAGAGCAACGGCGGCCCAGCUUCUUGGAAGACAUUGGGCGGCGGGCAACUGAAAUGGCCGAAGCCGCCGCAAAGGCAACUCGGAGAAUCAGCAUCCACGGCAACAACGGGCAGGGAUUUGAACUCGUGGCAAUCGGGGACCGCAAGCAGAGCACCCACGAGACCGGACGGCGAAAAAGCGCCAAGAAAGGCGGCAAGGACGCCGGGGAAAAUAGCAGUGGCUCAGAUCACUCCGAGAAUGAAACACACUUCUAUAAUCGGAGGAGGCACGUGUUUGAGCCCCAGCACACAGAGAGCGCCCCUUCGGCGUGGUGGAUCCGCACGAUCGGCGUGAUAAACCUCCUCUGCAUGGCUGCCUACCUCUGGUGGAGAAUCACGCGCUCCCUGAAAGGGGUCGACCACAUCAUCUGGGCGUUCAUCUUCCUGAGUGCGGAGUGCAUCAUGGCCAUCGGCAUGAUAGUAGGCCACAGCUCGCGAUCGUUCCCAGCACACCGGGAGAAGGUAUACAUGGAUGACCUGACUGAUAUCGACGAGGCAAUUGGGGCGCUUAAGGUGGCCGUGCUCAUCCCAACGUGUGGGGAGAAGACUGCCGUCAUGCUCAAGGCCCUUUUCGGAAACUUACAGCUCAGGCUUUGGAAGAGUAAAAAUGCUCGACGAGAUACAUUGAGAAUCCUCGUCCUUGACGAAAAACGGCGAGAAGAGGUGCAUAAGCUCGUCUCCUUAGUCUACACCCUGUCAGAGGUCGUCCUGGACAAAACCGUCCGUGAGAUUCUCAUGCGAGAGGGCGUGGCGCCUAUCUCCGCCAAGGGUUUUUACGAGCACUUCGCCAACGGGGAGCACGGCCAGCGCAUGUACGACGACGUCAACUUCAUCCGGGGGAUUGAGGUCGUGUCAGAAAUUGACAAGCUCAUCGCGGAGAACGACGACAACAUUUCCAGGUUCUCGCCGAGUGUGGCCAUCUCCAGGAUAAAAGAGCGCGCCCGGAGAGCGAGUUGUUUCGACCGGAAGGAAAUCCAACCUGGACAGAAAAAGGUGUGGAACCGCAAUAAGUAUAUCCCGACCAUCGUGUACUACUCCCGCAUCGACGCCGGCCAGCCGAGGAUUAGCCCGAAGGCUGGGAACAUGAACAGGGCUAUUUUCAGCUUCAACCCUCAGGAAGAGCCACUCAUCGGAGAGGCCGCCGUAAUCGUUAUUAACGACGUCCGCCACGAGCUCUACCCCGAGUUCCUGCAGAGAACGGUGCCUUACUUCUUCACGUUCGACAAGCCCCGCCGCUGCUACAAGUGGGCCAACAUCGCCUUCAUACAGACACCUCAGCGGUUUCACGACCGGACAGAUUGGAACGACCCCGACCCGUUGGGGAACCAAGCGGCCACCCAGUUCGACAUCGUCAACUCGGGGAGAGACGGGGCGGGGGGUGCCUUGUCUUGCGGCCAGGGCUCGGUCUGGCGGGUGCAGGUGCUGCGAGAUGGGAUUCGACCCGACGGAACCAAAUUUGUCAAGAAAGGCAUGCCGGAGGAUCAGGUCGGGCAACAAGGAGGGCUCGGCUUCCGAGCGGAGGUACUGAUUGAGGACACGCACACCUCCAUCGACCUCUUCAGGCAAGGCUGGAAGUCUGUGUACGUCAACUUUCCGAACGAGAGACUAGCAUGCUGCACGCUUCCUCCUGAUACCGUCAAAUGGCGUUGGAAGCAGGUCCUUAGGUGGCACCAAGGGGCGGUUCAGCUCGCGAUGUGGAAGGGCUGGGGGUAUGCCGUCCUUGGAGAAAAUUGGGGCACUACCUUCCAAAAGGUUUUCGCGUUUGAUGCCGUGAGCUACUUCUUGCAAGCCUUCGCUGGGGAGAUUCUGCUCAUCUUUCCCAUCGUCUACGGCUUCACAAACUCGGCGCCCUUCAACACAUGGAACAUCGAGUUCGCCCUGUACUUCUUCCCCUUUAUCAUCACGGGGGUGCUCCCAACCGUUGCUGCACUUGGCUGGCAGAAGACACCGUCCGCAAAGGUGAUGCGAGACGAACAGAUCUGGUUCGCUACGUCCUUCGUGCAAAUCUACGCCGUAAUGCACGCGGUUUGGGGCACCAUCACCCGGAAGGACCCGUCCAACGCCUGGGAGUGUAAAUGCCCCGUGUGGCCACUGUACCUUCACUUCGUCGCCAUCACCAUCGCCGUGUGCUUUAACACAGCCGACUGGGCAGCGCGCAGCUACGAGGAGCCAUGGGUGUGGGUAAGCUGCAUCGGUUCGGCCCUGUUUGCCCUGCACUCCCUGUGGCCCGUGGUGUCCUUUGGGCUCGGGGUUACGAUGCCCGAGGCCUUCUAUACCAGAGUGUUUGGGAUGCUGGUCGUCAUGACCCUAGUCAGCCUGUGGCUUCUUGGAGAGAGCGGUUGA